CGGUGACGGCGGCGCCUGGUAGCGGGGGAUUUGGAUGCUCUGCCGGCGGCUCCCCCGCCCGCACCACCUCCGGGGGUUUGGCCGCCGGGACUUAUCUCGGUGCCUUCCCGGCAUGCCCCGCUCGCAGACGGCCGCCAGUACCGCGCCCGGACUUUGCCAUCGCGGGGGGCCCGGCCGCGGGAGCGCCCCCGCCUGCGUCCCGGAGCCGCAGCCUCAGGUGAGCAUCACGUGGGAGAGCAGCUCUGUGAGUCCUCUGAGAAGGCUUCCUUAGCACUUUGAGCCAGUGAAGUCCCCCUGGAAAACUCCUACUCAUCCUUAAAAGCCCAGCUCAAGCAUCACCUGCCCUGAGAGGAAAGCUUUCCUAGAGAGUGGCAUGCUGCUCUGCCCUUGUGUCUUUCGAGCUUCAGCCCAUGCCGGGGAUUGACCGGGACUGAGGGAGCCACCUGGAAGCAUGGAGACCGUGGUGAUUGUUGCCAUAGGUGUGCUGGCCACCAUCUUUCUGGCCUCGUUUGCAGCCUUGGUGGUGGUUUGCAGGCAGCGCUACUGCCGGCCUCGAGAUCUCCUGCAGCGCUAUGAUUCCAAGCCCAUUGUGGACCUCAUCGGCGCCAUGGAGACCCAGUCUGAGCCCUCAGAGCUAGAACUGGACGAUGUCGUCAUCACCAACCCCCACAUCGAGGCCAUUCUGGAGAACGAAGACUGGAUUGAAGAUGCCUCGGGUCUCAUGUCCCACUGCAUUGCCAUCUUGAAGAUUUGUCACACUCUGACAGAAAAACUUGUUGCCAUGACAAUGGGCUCGGGGGCCAAGAUGAAGACCUCAGCCAGCGUCAGUGACAUCAUCGUGGUGGCCAAGCGGAUCAGCCCCAGAGUGGACGAUGUUGUGAAGUCAAUGUACCCUCCGUUGGACCCGAAGCUCCUGGAUGCCCGGACAACUGCCCUGCUCCUAUCUGUCAGUCAUCUGGUGCUGGUGACCAGGAACGCCUGCCACCUGACCGGGGGCCUGGAUUGGAUUGACCAGUCGCUGUCAGCUGCUGAGGAGCACUUGGAAGUCCUUCGAGAAGCAGCCCUGGCUUCGGAGCCAGAUAAAGGUCUCCCAGGCCCUGAAGGCUUCCUGCAGGAGCAGUCGGCCAUUUAGUGCCUACCAGCCAGCAGCUGGUCACAGGGCCAGCCUGCUGCCAUGGCUGAGUGGCUCAGCUGUGCCUUCUACUUCUUCCUGUAGAGUUAGUUGUUCUCCACGGCUGGGGAGUCCAGCUGUGUGUGUGUGUAGUAAAGCAGUCAAUGCCUCUAUUGUAGUUACAAAUGGUGGCUGGUAAGUGGCAGUCUAAUCCCACAGUUAGGGGAGAUGACAGUCACCAUCUGUACAGCAGAGCUUUGAAAACUGGAGGACUGUAAGCUUUAUUUAGCUCACCUAGUGUUUUCAAGAAAAUCCAGCCACCAUCUAAGAAUCAGGAGGUUUCACAUUAAAUCAGAAUGUCUGGUUUCUCUCGAACAAUCAGAAGUUGAGGCAACUCUGAUCUGCAUUUUCCACAGAGGACAAUCAACUGGAACUACAUAGGAGUUGCCUCUCUUGACAAUACUUGUACUCUCUCACCUGGCCUGUUUCAUUUAUUUGUAUUAUCUGCCCGGUCCCUGAGGCAUCUGGGUCCCUCCUUCUCUUUACAGGUUUGGGUUUGAAGGUGAGCAACGUAGAGUUGAUCAUUCCCUGUUUAUCAUUAUGCCUGCAA